GCUUGAUCUCUCUGGUUUGUCAAAUCUAAAGAUGGUUCCAGAGUUCCCACCUGAGAUCCUAGAGUUGUAUUUAGAUGGAACUGCAGUAAAAGAAUUGUCUUCAUCGAUUGGGAAAGUAUCAUUUCUGAUAAGAUUAAGUCUUAGUAAUUGUUCAAGCCUUGAAAGUCUUCCAAGCAGCCUUUGUAAUUUGACAUCUCUUCGACAGCUUGAUCUCUCUGGUUUAUCAAAUCUAAAGAUGGUGCCAGAGUUUCUACCUGAGAUCUUAGAGUUGUAUUUAGAUGGAACUGCAGUAGAAAAAUUGUCUUCAUCGAUUGGGAAAGUAUCAUCUCUGAUAAGAUUCAGUCUUAGAAAUUGUUCAAGCCUUGAAAGUCUUCCAAACACCAUUGAUAAGUUGAAAUCUCUGAAAUAUCUUUGUAUGUCGGGUUGUUCAAAACUUGAAAGAUUGCCUGAUGAUUUGGGAAAGUUAGAGAGCUUGGAAGCAAUUGAAGCUAGUGGAAUUACUGUUAAAGAGCUGCCUUCAGUUAUGGCUGUUCUAUCACCUUUGCAAUUUUUAAAGAGAUUAGAGUUGAAUUACUGUAGUAUUACAGAGUUACCCAAUAAUAUUGACAAUCUGCCCUUACUCGUAGAUCUAGAAUUGGAAGGAAACAAUUUUGAGAGCAUCCCGACAAACAUCAUGAACCUUUCCAAGUUACAAAGCCUUAACAUAAGGUUUUGUGAUAGGCUUCAAUCCUUACCAAAGCUUCCACGCAAUAUAAAAGAACUUCUAGCAGAUGGUUGCAAAUUGCUGAAAGAAUUAUCAGGUUUUACAAAUCUAAUAACUCCAGGACCUGAUAGAAGGACACUGAGCUUGUUCAAUUGUGUCAGCCUGGGUUGGGACGCAAUCAGAAACAUUUUGAGUGAUUCUAUAUUGGAUACGUACUCAAGUAAAAUUAACCAUUUCGCAUAUAAGGUAACUCCCCAGCGAGAAGUUGAAAUUUGUUACCCUGGAAGUGACAUUCCGGAAUGGUUUAACAUUCAAAGUAGUGGAUCAGUUAUUAAGUUACCACAAGGUUCAUUCAAUGAGAAGGUUCUGGGUCUUGCCUUUUGUUUCAUUGUUGAAGUUGAAGAUAAUUGUGAUGAGUGUAAUUUCUUUGGUGUUGGUUCUACGUUGCGACUGAGUCGCCCUGAUGUGGACAGAAUGUCUAGCGAACAGACGUAUCUUUUGACCAAGUGUAUUAAGUCAGAUCAUGUAUUAGUGAUAUAUGACCACAUUAUAUGGGAGAUAUUUGGGACAGAAGAUUUUAAAUUCGCUUGUGAUACGGAAGCCGUUAUCUCUUUCCAUCCCUUAGAUAGUUUAGAAUUUACAGAGACAAAUUGGAUAAAAAAUAUAAAGAAGUGUGGGGUUUGUUUAUUGUUCACUGAAGAGUUGGAGGAAACUAUGAAAAGAUCAGGAUAUUCCAUCCAUGGUGAAGAAGAUGGAUUUAAAUCUUCAAAUUUCUAUAAGGGCGAAUCCAGCUCAAGGUAUGUAAUUGCACAACUUAUAUAUAUACGCCUUCUUAACUGUAUAUAA